CAUAUUGUUCCUUUGAGCCUUUGCUUAUUGUUUUUGUUUGAAAGUGAUUUUCUAAACUAUGAAUUACACUCAUAGUUUCCUUAUGUUACUCCGACAGUCCUCUAGGCCUCUUUUCCUUGUUAUGUUUUUUACCUUCAGGGUAAUCAAAACCUUAAGAUACCACCUUAACGAAAACCCUAAAAAACGCAAACUUCCCCCAGGUCCCAAACCAUGGCCUAUAGUUGGCAAUCUUCCUGAAAUGCUUGCAAACAAGCCUACAACUAGGUGGAUACACAAAAUAAUGGAAGAAAAAAACACAGAAAUAGCAUGUAUCCGCCUAGGAAAUGUCCAUGUUAUCCCCGUUACUUGUCCCACAAUUGCCCAUGAAUUCUUGAGAAAACAUGACAUUGAUUUUGCAUCAAGACCAGUAAGCAUGGCCAGUGAUAUCAUCUCCAAUGGAUACUUGACCUCAGUUUUUGUACCCUUUGGCGAACAGUGGAAAAAGAUGAAGAACGUCGUUGCUAACAAUUUGCUCUCUCCACGCAGGCAUCAAUGGCUUCAACACAAAAGGAACGAAGAAGCCGAUAAUCUUAUAUUUUAUGUGUAUAACAAAUGCAACAAUGGUGGCCUUGUGAAUGUUAGGAUUGCAACACAACAUUUUUGUGGUAAUGUGUUUAGGAAACUGUUUUUUAAUACAAGGUACUUUGGAAAAGGUAUGGAGGAUGGAGGGCCAGGUCUUGAGGAAAUUGAACAUGUUGAUGCUGUUUUCACAUUGCUUAACCAUGUUUAUGCUUUCUCUGCAUCUGAUUAUCUACCAUGGUUGAGGCUACUUGACUUAGAUGGCCAUAAAGGCAAGGUGAAAAAUGCAAUGAUUAUAAUCAACAAGCAUCAUGAUUCCCUCAUUGAAGAGAGAAUCCAACAAUGGAAUGAUGGAUCGAAGAAUGUUGAAGAAGAUUUGCUAGAUGUUUUGAUCUCGUUGAAAGAUGUCAAUAAUAAUCCAUUAUUGACAACGAAGGAAAUCAAGGCACUACUUAUUGAAUUGAUAAUGGCAACGGUAGACAAUCCAUCAAAUGCAGUUGAAUGGAUAUUGGCUGAAAUGUUAAUUCAGCCAGAACUUUUUGAAAAAGCAACAGAAGAAUUAGACAAUAUAGUUGGAAAAGAUAGGCUUGUCCAAGAAUCAGAUAUUCCUAAACUCAACUUCUUGAAGGCUUGUGCAAGAGAAGCUUUCCGCCUUCAUCCCAUUACCGAUUUCAAUGUUCCUCAUGUCUCUACGAAUGAUACAAUGGUUGGAAAUUACUUCAUACCGAAGGGAAGUCAUGUACUGCUUGGAAGACGUGGUCUUGGGAGAAAUCGAAACGUUUGGGCUGAACCCUACAAAUUCAAACCGGAACGUCAUCUUAAGAAUGAUGGGUCGGCUAUAGCGUUGACAGAGCCAGAAUUGAAGUUUAUAUCCUUUAGUACAGGAAGACGUGGUUGUCCUGCUGUUAUGCUUGGUUCCACAAUGACCAUAAUGCUAUUAGCAAGAUUACUCCAUGGCUUCACUUGGAGUGCACAUCCCAAUAUAUCAAGAAUCAAUCAUUUUGAUUCCAAUGGCGUUAUAUCUCUUGAUGAGCCACUGACAGUUGCAGCAAAGCCACGAUUAGCAGCAGAAUUGUAUGAAUUUUGAAGUAAGGGAAAAUAAGAAGCUAAGGCCUAUCAAAUCCACAUGUUUAUCUUCAUUUUGCAGUUAUGUUAUGUAAUUAGAUACAAAUUAAAUAAGUUGGAUAUUUGGUUUGAAACCAUGUUGUUUUUUGUAUAUAGAAGCUUUGAAGCUUUAAAGGCAUGAAGUGUGAAAAAGAGAAACUGUACUAAUAUAGAUAGAUUUGAGACCAACGUUGCUAAUAAGAAGUUAACAUUUGAGAGCGGAUGCGUUGACUGUUUGGGCAUAAUUUUUCUUGUACGUGAAGACACAAAGCGAAGACCAUGUGUGUGUGUUUCUUCCUCUCGUUUGGCCGUGGCUAGAUUUUUUA